UCCCAGCAGCUUUCUCCCUUGCCUUUGAAGCCGCAGGUAACCUUCCUCGCAAGAUGAAGAUUGAAUUUGCUCCGCGCUCCGUCCCUCUUCACAGGAGACUCCAGACGGCUUCAGUCCUGCAAUGGGUCUUCAGUUUCUUGGGCCUAGCCCAGUGUUGCAUUGUGCUCUUCAUCGUCCUCCUUUUCACCCGCUUCUGGCUGGUCAGCGCGCUGUAUGCUGUGUGGUGGGCCUUGGAUUGGGACACACCGCUCAAAGGUGGAAGGAGAAUCCACCUGAUUAGGAACUCCGUGGUCUGGAGAUACAUGCGGGACUAUUUCCCCAUCACGCUGGUGAAGACAGCAGAGUUGGACCCUGAGAAGAACUAUGUCUUCGGCUUCCAUCCUCACGGGGUCCUGGUGGCCGGAGCCUUCAUCAACUUCAGCACAGAGGCCUCAGGGUUUUCCAAGCUCUUUCCGGGGAUGACUCCCCAUAUGAUGAUGCUGAGCCUCUGGUUCAAAGCCCCCUUCUUCCGGGACUACCUGAUGAGUGGAGGUUUCAUCCCAUCCGACAAGGAAGCAGGAGCCUAUGUUCUAAAGAAGCCAGGAGGAGGGAACGUCCUCAUCAUUGCUGUGGGCGGAGCUCAGGAAGCCCUGGAUGCCCGGCCUGGAGCCUUCACACUGCUGUUGGCCAACCGAAAGGGCUUUGUACGCCUGGCUCUCGAACACGGAGCACCACUUGUCCCGGUGUUUUCCUUUGGUGAGAAUGAAUUGUUUGAUCAAGUGGAGAACCCCAAGGGUUCGUGGCUGAGAUGGACCCAAGAACUACUGCAGAAGUUCAUGAAAGUCUCCCUCCCGCUCUUCCAUGCUAGAGGAGUUUUCCAGUACAGCUUUGGUCUGCUUCCGUAUCGACGGCCGAUCUACACCGUGGUUGGAAAACCCAUCCAUGUUGAAAAGAACAAGAAUCCCAGCCAAGAUGAGGUGGACGAGCUACACGGGACAUACAUGGAAGAGCUGUCCAAACUCUUCGAAGAGCACAAAUCGACAUACCACGUUCCGGAAGACAAGCACCUUUCUUUCAUAUGAAAGGAGCCCCGAAAGCUAUACUUCAUCUAUUGUUUACAUUGGGUUGGAUCCAAAGAGCCAUGAAUGGAAGGAAAAUAGACAAUCAUGUUUGCACUGGAGGUUUCACAAGAGGUAUACGUGCCGUUCUGUAACAUGCAUAUCCUGUAGCAGUUCUGAGAUUUCCACUUGAUGUUGGACAGGUAGAUGAACCCCUUUGGAUCAAGAAUCCUUUGUUUUCUUGCAUAGUGUUCUCAUGUUAGAAAGGUGAAGAGAGACCUAUAUUCAGCAUGAAUUAGAAAUGAUAGAUAGACAGACACACACACACAGAUAGACUGAUAGAUAGAUGAAUAGAUUGAUGGAUUCGUAGAUAGUGCCGGGUUUAAGUAGAAGAUGGAUUCUUCACAUGGAAGAGUAUCUCUUUGGAUCCAACCCAAUGGGUUUUGACUUCCAUCUACACAUUCACACACACACACACACACACAUAUAUACACUCAGAAGUGUCUCACAUUUGGGGAGAGAACACAAAUUGUUACUAUGCAUAUAGAAAGAUGUACUGGGAAGGGCCCGCCUGAAUUUUCCUUUUGUAUUUGUGCCGCAGGGUUGAAAACCAGAAAUGUAACAAGAAAUUCAAUGUAACAAGAAAUUCAAAUUCAAAGACACUUUGUUAGAUGAUUAGGAAACAGCAGGCUGGACUAGAGUCUAAACCCGUGGUGGCGAACCUUUGGCACUCCAGAUGUUAUGGACUACAAUUCCCAUCAGCCCCUACCAGCAAAUACGUAACAUUAUCAAAUCCCUCUUUGAUUUCACUGUGAUUAGCUGAACAAAAAUGUUCUCAGAAUCAGAUCAUUAUCUCCAUUUUGAACAUUUUCAUCCCAAAAUGAUAAAUGUAUGGCUGUAGUGUGUAUGAGGAAACAAUAUGUUGAUCAGUAGACCUAUGCUAAUAUUUGUUAUUUUUUAAUAAAGGUGUUGCAAAAAUA